AUGGUAGUAAUCGCCCUCAGAGAAAGGAAGAGGCGCGAGGAAGAGGAAGCCGCUAGACGAGCUGCCGAGGCGACUCGCGCACAAACCGAGGUGGUUCCAGCGCAAGCCGAGGCGGUCUCAGCGCAAACCGAGGCUGUCCUUCAACCCGACCCUCCGAGCCGGGAAGGGGAUAUGAUGAUCCGAGCCGCAGAAGGCAACGCUGCCGAGGCGGUCGAAAAAGAGACAGCGCCCGAGGUAGAACCGGGCGAGAUAAUCCCCGAGGCGUCAGGGGACGGCUCGGCGGCGCGGAGCAAAACAUCUUCGCACUCCGCCAUUCUUGCUCUCCCGAAGUCGACGAGGCCGCCGACUUCGGUCGUCCAGAAGCAUGACCCGAGCCGAAAGCGUUCGGCUGCCGACAAAGGGAAAGGCGUCGCCGUUCAAAAGGACGAGCCGGCGAAGAAAAGGCGAAAACCGACGCCAGGGGACCCUGCUGCGCGUAAGUUGGUCGUUGACGACCCUGACGCCUCGGCUGUCAUGUUCUCGCGUGUUAAUAACGCGAACACGCGCCUUCCCCCUCCGGAGAAGCUGAGGAGGCCGAGGUUAUACGGCGCGAUGGCACAGCGCGGUACUAAGUUUGUCGCGGCCAUUAAUGACCUGAUGGCCGAGUACGAGGCGGACCUUUCUAAAGUUGAGCGUCGCUUGGACGAGGCCCGAAAUGAGACCGCGGCGUCAAAGGUGAAGCUGGAAGAGGCGCAAAACGAAGCCGCGGCAGCGAAGGGGAAACUCACCGAGGCGAUGACCCAAGUGUCGAGGUUGGAAGAGGAGAAGAUAGUUCUCCGAGCAGACGUCAACAAAGUUUCCGCCUCGGUGAUUCGCCUGGAGGAAGCAAGGAGAGCCAAAAGCGCCGAGGUGGCGUUGCUUAAGAGGCGCAUCGAGGCCAAGGACGCGCUGUUCGAAGCCAAGGUCAAACGCGCGAAGAAGGAGGCGAGGCGCGAGCUGACGGCGAAGUUUCAGGAACGCCUCACUAAGGUGGAGGAGAGUUUGGUAAAGCUCGAGAAGGCCAAAAAUGAUGAGAACGAUCUGGGACAGAUCAAGGGCAAUCUCGCGAUGAUUGCCGACCUGAAGAAGCCGGACGCCCCGACGCUUGACGACGAGGAGGCGAAGCUGAAAAGCUGGGAGAGUGAGUAUGCCGACGAUGAGGCGUACGAGCGUAUCGCUUCCGAGAUUCGGGGUGAACUGUAUUACUCUCCCGUAUCGCCGGACUCGGUUGACACAACCCUCGGCAACGAGCCGAUCGAAGAAACAACGGCCAAUUUAGGCGUUGUGGACCCGAACGUCUCGAACGCGGGUACGUCGAUUCCCUCGAACCUUCUCGCCGAUCGUGAAACGCAGUCCGCGGCAUGA